AAUGCUGCCCAACCUGUUGCAGGGACGAUGCAUUCGGUUAAACUGGAAGUCCGUAGUGUUUUUAAUGAUGUCGCUAAUCCUUUCGCACAUAAGAAUCACGCAGUCAUCCGUAAAUUCCAACAAUCCUGAAGUUACACCCACCAAGCUGGAAAAAAUCAGCUCCGACACAGACCGGUCUGCCGUCACCAUCAACUCUAACUCUAAAUCAUCCUCCGACACGAGCCACUGUCCCACCGACACACUCUGUACGGAUCUGCCCAACUCUUGCCUACAGUGCACGUACAAUCCGCAGUGUGUGUACGGCGCGGAAAUUAACGUAACCUGUCUGCCCAAAACGAACGUAAACUGUCACGUGGACAAGCUGAAAACAGCGAUUCAAAAUGAAAUUAAGCGUACGAUGAUCUGCCGGUACUGUUAUCAAACGGAACGCUGGGAGCACAACUGCGAACAGAAGGGUGGCUGCAAUUCGAUCGAUUCGAAGUACAAAACCAACUGUACCGUACACCCGGAGCUGUUGUGUAUGGGGCACCGAACGUUCAUGAAAAAGAUCCCCUGUAACUGGACGCAAGGCUACCGGUGGGUUACGACGCUGAUCGUAAGCAUUACGCUGGGCGGGUUCGGUGCGGAUCGGUUCUUUCUCGGCCACUGGCAGGAAGGUAUCGGGAAGCUGUUCAGUUUCGGUGGGCUAGGCGUUUGGACGCUGAUCGAUGUAUUGCUCAUUUCGCUACACUAUCUCGGACCGGCCGAUGGAUCACUGUACAUCUAA